AUGGAAGUGAGCAAUAGCAGCAGAGUCAAAGCAUUUAUUCUCCUUGGAUUUCCCACUGAUCCUCACUUGCAGAUUUUCUUCUUUGUAUUGUUUCUCAUUGCUUAUAUCUUAGUUAUAACAGAAAAUAUUAUCAUCAUCCUGACUGUCUGGACAAACUGUAACCUCCACAUUCCCAUGUACUUCUUUCUGAGUAAUUUGUCCUUCCUGGAGAUCUGGUAUGUAACAGUCACACUCCCCAGGACAAUGCUCAGCUUUGUGUCACAGAGAAAGAACAUCUCUUUUAUGGGAUGCAUGACACAGCUGUACUUCUUUCUCAGCUUGGGCAACACUGAGUGCCCUCUCCUGGCAAUCAUGGCGUACGACUGUUAUGUUGCUGUUUGUAAGCCUUUCCAUUACUCCAUUAUUGUAAGACACACUGUCUGUGUCUACCUCACCGCAGGAUCUUGGUUGACUGUUUUUUUCAUUUCUGCGUGCAAGGUAUAUUUUAUCUCUCAGCUGACAUACUGUGGACCCAAUAUAAUCAACCAUUUCUUCUGUGAUGUUUCUCCUCUCUUGAACUUAGCCUGCACAGACACGGAAAGAGCUGCCCUUAUGGAUUUCGUGGCUGCCUUAUUUAUUCUCCUGAUCCCUCUGUUUGUAGUAAUCCUAUCCUAUGCAUAUAUUAUCUUCACUGUCCUUCACAUUUCCUCUGUACAAGGCUACCAAAAAGCCUUCUCCACCUGUACCACUCACCUUAUAGUGGUCAUUGUCUUCUACGCCACAAGCAUUUUUAUCUAUGUGAGGCCCAAAGCACUUCUAGAUCACAACACAAACACAAUUGUGGCUGCUUUCUAUACUGUUGUUGUUCCUCUCUUCAAUCCUAUCAUUUACUGUCUGAGGAACCAGGAAAUCAAGGAUGCUCUCAGAAAGACUUUGUUCAGCAAAAGGUUUUCUUUGCAGAAACAUCAGCAUUUGUAG